AAAUCUUCUUACUUCCACACCUAUAAAUUUUUGCCACUGGGAAGGCCAUUUAUUGUCAACCAUUUUUCCCAAGUACUACUACUAAUAAUUCAAAAAAAAGAAAGAGAAAAAAAAAAUCAUAGUGAUCAUGAAGAUUUUGAUAUCAUGUCUAAUUACCAUGUCAAUGUUUUAUGGCAUAGCAAAUGGUAGCCCUCCAGCUGAUCCCAUAAAAUGUUCAAAUAAAAACCUGGAUUGCACCAUACAAAACACUUUCGGAUCCUUCCCGGAUCGAACCAUUUGUCAUGCAGCCGAAGUAGCCUAUCCAACCACAGAGGAACAGCUGAUCUCAAUUGUGGCAAAUGCAACAAUGUUGAAGAGAAAAAUGAAGGUGGCUACUAAGACAUCCCACAGCAUUCCGAAGGUAAUGUGUCCCGAAGGCGAAAACGGACUCAUAAUUAGCACCAAAUUACUGGAUCAGACGGUUAGUGUGGAUCAAUCGGGCUUGACAAUGACGGUACAGCCCGGAAUGGAGCUCCGGGACUUGAUUAGUAAGGCGGCCGCGGCGGGGAUGGCCUUGCCUUAUGCACCGUAUUGGUGGGGUGUUACUGUGGGUGGAAUGUUGGGAACCGGUGCUCAUGGAAGCUCGUUAUGGGGUUCCGGCAGCGCCGUACAUGAUUACGUUGUCCGGCUUCGGGUAGUUUCGCCGGCCGGGGCGGAUGAAGGUUAUGCUAAGGUUAGGACGCUUGAGAGUGGUGAUCCUGACCUUGAUGCGGCCAAAGUCUCCCUUGGCGUUCUUGGUGUUAUUUCUCAGGUUACUUUGAAGCUGCAACCAAACUUCAAAAGAUCAAUCACAUUUUUGGAGAAGAACGAUUCCGAUUUGGCAUAUCAAGUGCUAACCUUCGGAAAGGAGCAUGAAUUUGCGGAUUUUAAUUGGCUUCCAAGCCAAAGGAAAGUGGUUUAUAGGAUUGACGACCGAGUUCCCACCAACUCAUCAGGAAAUGGCCUCAAUGAUUUCAUUGGUUUUCGCUCUACUUCUUCCCUUCUUCUCGCGGGGCUAAGAACGAUAGAGGCUGGUGAAGAAAUGACCAAAAAUGCUAAUGGAAAAUGUAUAAGUGGAGCUUCAAAUACAUUAGCCUUGACAACAAGUGCCUAUGGGUACACAAAUGAUGGUAUACUAUUUACGGGCUAUCCUGUUGUUGGAUAUCAUAAUCGUCUCCAGGCAUCAGGAAGUUGCCUAAAUGGUAUUCAAGAUGCAUUAUUCACAGCAUGUCCAUGGGAUCCUAGAGUUGAAGGAUUGUUUUAUUUCCAAACCGCAUUCAGCAUCGGCCUCUCAAAAGUCAAGGGUUUUAUUGAAGAUGUUCAAAGUCUUGUCAAUUUGGUGCCUAAAGCUUUAUGUGGACUAGACAUCUACAACGGUAUCUUAAUGAGAUACGUUACGAAUUCAAGCGCUUAUCUGGGCAAACAAGAAGAUGGAUUGGACUUUGAUAUCACCUAUUACCGAAGCAAAGAUCCAACUAAACCUAGGCUUUAUGAAGAUGUUUUAGAAGAGAUUGAGCAAAUGGCUAUGUUUAAGUAUAGAGCGUUGCCACAUUGGGGGAAGAAUAGGAAUGUUGCUUUCAUAGGGGCCAUUGAGAAAUAUGCCAAAUAUAAUGAAUUCUUGAGGGUUAAAAAUGCUUAUGAUCCAGAUGGGCUUUUUUCAAGCGAGUGGAGCGACCAAAUUCUUGGAUUGAAGGAAGGGAUUAGCAUAGUUAAGAAUGGAUGUGCUUUAGAAGGGCUUUGUAUAUGUUCCCAAGAUAUCCAUUGUGCUCCUGAAUCAGGCUACUUUUGUAGGCCUGGAAGAAUUUACAAGGAAGCUAGAGUCUGUAGAUUUUCUUCAUCCUAAAUUGUUCCCGAGAAAAAUAAUUUAGGUCAAGAUCAACUCGUAGGCAUGUUCCCCCCUCCCCCAAAACCAAUUGUAAAGUCUCAAUGAAUUAUUUACGAGUAUACGCCACAAACAUAAUAACACCGCCUGACACCAAUUAAUGAGUGGACUAACCAAAUUCUUAGAUUGAAAGAUGGAAUAAACAUUAUGAAGAAAGGUUGUGAUUUGGAAGGAUUGUGCAUUUGCGAAGAAGACAUUCAUUUGUGCUCCAAAUAAGGGUUUAUUUUUGUCGACCAGGAAAAAUUUACAAACACUCAAGGGUUUGUGCUCCUUCACCACCAAAUGAGAAUGCAUAUGCUUGGUAAUUAUUUACAUCCAAACGUCUAAAAUUAUUGUCGGUCAUUUAAUGUAAUGAAAG